AUGCUGGGUCUGAGAUUAACGCCAGGCGCCGUGCAAAGCGCCUUGAAGGUGGCGGCCCCCCAGGGCUUGCUGACCCUAGUGCUCCGCAGCCGGGGUCUACUCUACAUCGAAAACCUCGAGUACACCCAGGACGCGUUUUCAGCAAUCGAUCUCACGGACAACGAGAUCACGGAGCUCAGCGGCCUUCCGGAGCUCCGCAAGCUCGAGGUGCUCCUCUUGGCCAACAACAACAUUGCGAGCGUGGGGCGCGUGGCCGCGUCCGCAUUGACGUCGCUUCUGCUCAUGAACAACAGCCUCUCGUCCUUCGCGGAGGUCGCCAAGUUGCGGGGUCUCCGGCGCCUCGAGCACUUGGUUUUGCUUGGCAACCGCAUCACCGAGGAGCACCACUACCGGGGCUUUGUGGUGUGGCUCUUCCCCACUUUGAAGGUGUUGGACUGCCAGAAGGUCAAGCCAGCCGAGAGAAGAGCCGCGGCGGAGCUCUUUGGCCCGGCCUUCGACAGCCGGCUGCCGGCGGCAGACGCGUUGCUCAGCGGCAGCCAGGCGGCCGCGCCCGUGCCGAAAGACACGCGGCUUAUGGAGACCACCAUGCGGAAGCUCCUGGCGGAGGAAAAGGCCCUGCUCGCGGCGGAGCUCGAGGGCGCCAGCAGCAUGGCGGAGAUCGAGCGGAUCUCCCGGGCGCUCAAGCGUGGCUACGUGGGCACGGCCGAAAACCCGUAG